AGAAGAAGAUGGAGCUUGAAUCCGAAACCCCCUGCUCCUCCACUGGCUCUCCAGGAGGCUCCAGGGAGUAUAAAGUGGUCAUGCUUGGUUCAGGAGGCGUGGGGAAAAGUGCCAUGACAAUGCAGUUCAUAAGCCAUCGGUUCCCUGACUACCAUGAUCCCACCAUUGAAGAUGCUUAUAAAACACAAGUCCGAAUAGAUGACAAACCCGCAUACUUGGACAUAUUGGACACCGCUGGGCAAGUACUGAAGUGGGAUCCAUGUUGCCGCUAA